CCCGACACUAGUGCCCCCAUUAUAUGAGGUGUCUAUGCCUUCAACUGGAGCUGUCAAUAGUGUUAUCCAUCAAGUCAUAAAGUGUCUUUUUCAGGGCCUGUUCAAAGUCCCUACCGUAAACCCUCAUCAGCCCUCGACUCCUCAACUCCUCGACUCCUCGACUCCUCGAUCCCUCGACUCCCCUAUUCCCCUACUCCCCAACUCCUCGACUCCUUACCUCCUCCCCGCUCUCCCCCCAGGGUUCCAAAUUCCAAUCCUCUCUCGACCAUGAUUAUCACGUGCCCGCCCCUAAACGCGCACGCUCGGCAGUCGGGAGUCGGGAGUCGGGAGGGCCCAAUGUCAGCGGAACGGCCGCUCGUAUGAAGGCGCUUUUAAUCCUGGGACUGACAGCUUUUUGCCCCGUAAAGAUCCUAUUUUUAGCUUGACCCUGACCCCGGCCGGCGGGACUCUUGGCGCCAGCCCAGCGAAGGCGGUGGGAAGUCGGGAACAAAGAAAACCGUUCUUCAGUCGACGCCGUUAUUCGAGGGUUUGAGACCGACCGGUGAAGGGCUAGCUGGCCGUGUUUUUGCUGCUGCGAAGAGGGCAUGGCAUGUCUCUGUGUCUUGAAGGGCUUUGUCUGAUUAUUCUGUCCGGCGCAGAGUGUCCUCCGAGUGGUCCUCGUUUCACGAAUCCUCGCUGAAACAUACCAGACACGAGGACAUGUCAACCCAGCCUCCAAGCCUCAGGCCUCCGCC